AUGCCUCGAACCCCACGCCAACAAACCUUUGUCGGCCGGCCGUCCCCACUGGCACAGGUCUCCCUCACCAGACCCGUAUCGCAAACCCCAGAGAUGGGACUGGUGCGUGAUCCCGCGUUCUGGAAGAGGUUCUCGGCCGCCGUGCACAUUGCAGAAGAAGGAGGCGUGGUUGAACCGGAGCGCCCGCGCGGAUCAAGGACGAAUAGCAAUAGUUCGGCGAAUACCUUUACGGUCAAGGAUGCAGACAACGACUGGCUACAGAAACAACACAAAGAAAAGCGCCGUUGCAGGAUGAUGUGCAUCUCCAUCACGCUGAUGAUCAUCAUUCUAGGGGUUGGGGGAGGGGUAGUAGCCUGGUGGUUUUUGAAGGGCCAGAAAUGA